UUUUUUUUUUUUGUUUUUGUUUUCUAGAAGAAAAAGUCUGGAGCUUUUAUGUAUAUAUAAAUACAAACCAAAACUUAGCCUAUAGUCAUAUGUCUUCAUAACUAAAAUCCAUUGUCUUCUAACUUUGCUCUAGUCUAGACUUUUGAAUCUUUUCCUCUUCUUUUUGGUUCGGUGAUAAUGUCGAGUAAAGGAGGAGGUCCAGGGAUCGGUAUCGAUCUUGGUACUACAAAUUCUUGCGUGGGUGAGAUCAUGAUCCCUAAUGAUCAAGAUGCAAAGAAACAGAAAGAUGAUGAAGAAGCUAAGCAACUAUUAGUAGAUAUGAUAGUGAAUGAGACACUUAGGAAUACAAAUUUCAUGCAAAACUUAAGGAAAACUAAAGUAGAUACUGUAUGGGACGAAAAAAGAAAACAAGAAAAAGAGAUGAGAUGAAGAAAAAAAGAGAGGAGCAGCAGAAGAAUAAACAAGAUAAGGCCAUGGGAAAGAAGAAUAAAAAAUAAUUGGUUUAGCCUAAUUGUAAUGGCUUAAUGGAUUACUGGUUUAUGGUUUUUAUAAAUCCAGUGUUAUUUGGUUCUUAAUUUUAAAAUUCAUAUCGAAAUUUAUAGAUACUAAAUAAAAAUUAUGUGUUUUUCAA